CCCGGGUUCGAUCCCCGGCAACGGCGUUUUGAAUAUUGUUUUUAUCUAUUUUCCAUAUCCAAUUUCCUCGAAGGAACCAUGAACGUCGCUACUUGUUCGGUAUCAUCAUUCAACUUCCCAAGGUGGCGCCGAUUCUCAAAACCCCUCAUGUAUCUCUCUUCUUCUUCCUCCUGCAUCAUGUCUCCUCAGAAUUCCUCAGCUUCCAUAACCACCGCUGCAUCACCCACCAUACAGCCCAAGAAGAAGGAACCUUGGUUAAUCGUUGGCCUCGGAAAUCCCGGGAAGAAGUACGCUUCUACCCGCCACAAUGUGGGAUUUGAGAUGGUUGAUACUAUUGCUGAAGCUGAAGGGAUAUCUAUCAACAGUGUUUCUUUCAAGGCCCUGUUUGGAAAAGGUGUUAUUGGUGAUGUACCGGUUAUACUUGCAAAACCACAGACUUAUAUGAAUUUAAGCGGUGAAUCUGUUGGGGCCAUAGUUUCAUAUUACAAGAUUCCAGUGAAGCAAGUGCUCGUGAUCUUUGAUGACAUGGAUUUGCCUUUUGCUAAAUUGCGGCUGCUACCAAAGGGUGGACAUGGAGGUCACAAUGGAAUGAAGAGUGUUAUUAAUCACUUUAAAGGGAAUCUUGGUUUUCCCCGUUUAAGAAUUGGCAUUGGACGGCCUCCUGGCAAAAUGGAUCCAGUGGCAUUUGUUCUUCGCUCAUUCACUAAACAGGAAAGAGAAGAGUUGGAUUUUACAUUACAACAUGGAUUAGAAGCUGUGCGGAUUCUUUUGCUGGAGGGGUUUGAUAAAAGUGCAACGUUUGUAAAUAGUUCUAAGAAGAUGGAGCAAAUAGGUUGAGAAGCGGAAGUCAUGGCUUGGAUCAGACCAGCUCUGAUAUCAUGUUAUGGAAUCAGUAGGCAAUUGUAGGUAUAUUUUGUCAUAUAAGAUCAUUUUCUGUUUAUAAAGAUCCAUCUCGGGCUGACCACGAGUGGCACUUGACCAUUUGUGUUUAUCAUUGCAUUAGAUGACCUUUUGUAUACUUUUUUCAUAAUAGCAUAAUAAUAAUGAAGAGUCUUUUUUCAUAAUAGCAUAAUGUCUUGAAUUUGC